AGUAUUAGCCAACAAACCUUUUAAUUAGGCCAACAAUGACCAACAAACGACCAACAAACGAUUCGUAAAGUCAAAAAUUAAAAAAGUAAAAGUUGCCCGGCUAACUUCUCGGAGGUACGAAUUCAAUACGGCCUUGCGUAGCGUUGUGUAGGGCGUAGGCGUAGAGCCGUAGAGCUGUAGGAACAGGCGCGAGGAGCGUGUCUCCACUCCUCGCGCCUUCAAGACUGCUUGCGAGCAGGCGUUUGUCCAGGCCUGGAGUAGAUGAUGUAAAUGUAGAUCAGGAUACAAACAACAAUGACGAUGUGUUUAUGGAGGUUGAAGUAUGUACAUUGAAAAUUGUUUUUAGACUCUUAUCUCGAAAGGGGGGAUGCUAUUCUGCGUACUCGCUUAACAAUGAUGUUUGUUGGUGUCAGUAAGCUGAUAUUUUAUACGUUUUUGACCACACGCAGAUCUCUUCUUUAAAAAGAAGUAUAUCGCCUUACUGACAUUGAUAAUUGUUAGUACAUAUUUUCAGAAUGGUAUUCUUGAUGUUCCAAAUAUAUUACUACACAACAAUACUAAUUACAAUGUGUUUAUUAACUAUAGACACUCGAUGAAGCAGGUUUAACAACAAAUUGGGCUGAUUGGACCCUGGCAAUGCUUCAAUCGAAGAAGAGUAGUUUAUUACAAGUUCCGGUAUGCGAUGAUGAAGGAGCUCCAGAUUCGAACCUUACAUAUACUGAAGUAGAGGCAAUUGUAGAAACAUCGUCAAAGAAAAAUCAAAAUGCGGCAAACCCUACAAGUUCGACCGUAAAAAAGAAAACUAUAAAGCAAGGAAGACAGACGAGAAUGCCUGUAAUAAGUGCUGUAAGACGCAACCAAUGUUUUUAUGAUUUAGCUCAAUCUAAAGCCGAAUUAGUCGAGCUAAUAAAGGAGGAUCUGCGUGCAAAGUCUGAAAUAGAAAUAAAAAUUUUGAGACAGGCGUUUUGUAUAGGCCUUCACCUGACGCAGCCGGGUCUAUAGCCGCCAGGGCUCUAAAUUUGAUUUUAUGUUGAGCGCCAACUAAUUUUUAUAAAAUCAGUAAAAGACUUGUUUAACGGUGUCUCAGGGAGGAUACAUGGUUGGGAUGACCCUUCAAUAUAAUACCUCUCAGUAAGAUGUAAUGAACGGAAAAAAAUUCUAUAUUUCAGGUAAAGAAAAAUGAGUUUUAUAAUUACCGAUUGUGUGUGAAAACGUCUCUCUCUCCAGUUUGAUACAGUGAAUUGUUCGGCUGGUCACUUGUGAUGAUCAUCUUUUGUAGUCAAUAGUGAACU